CGCACUGCAGCCGGUGUCGGGGACAUUCACAGACACGCAGGGGGGGCAGAGAGGUCUCCUGCUCCUCACUCACACGCUAUGUCUCUUUUGGAAGGAGGCGGCACCAAAAACUCGUCCCUCGUUGCCAGAAAAGCCCCUACUAUGCCCAAGCCCCAGUGGCACGCUCCAUGGAAGCUGUUUCGGGUCAUCAGCGGUCAUCUUGGCUGGGUGAGGUCCAUUGCCGUAGAGCCCGGCAACCAGUGGUUUGUGACCGGCGCUGGCGACAGAACCAUUAAGAUCUGGGACCUGGCCAGUGGGAAGCUAAAGCUCUCCCUGACGGGACACAUCAGCACGGUGCGCGGCGUGGCCGUGAGCACCCGGAGCCCCUACCUGUUUUCCUGCGGCGAGGACAAGCAGGUCAAGUGCUGGGAUCUGGAGUACAACAAGGUUAUCAGGCACUACCACGGCCACCUCAGCGCCGUGUACGACUUGGACCUGCACCCAACCAUCGACGUGCUGGUCACAUGCAGUCGAGAUGCCACAGCCAGGGUGUGGGAUAUCAGGAGCAAAGCCAACGUGCACACCCUGUCCGGACACACCAACACAGUGGCCACAGUCAGAUGCCAGGCCGCCGAACCGCAGAUCAUCACAGGGAGCCACGACUCUACCAUCAGGCUAUGGGAUCUGAUAGCUGGGAAGACCAGAGCCACUCUCACCAAUCACAAGAAGUCUGUCAGAGCACUGGCCCUACAUCCCAGACAGUAUACCUUAGCCUCUGGCUCUGCCGACAACAUCAAGCAGUGGACGUUCCCAGACGGCAACUUCAUCCAGAACCUCUCUGGACACAACGCCAUCAUCAACGCAAUGGCGGUCAACUCAGACGGCGUGCUGGUAUCAGGAGCUGACAACGGCACCAUUCACCUGUGGGACUGGCGGACCGGCUACAACUUCCAGCGUAUCCACGCCGCCGUGCAGCCCGGCUCACUGGACAGCGAAUCGGGGAUCUUCGCCUGCAUGUUCGACCACUCGGAGAGCAGGCUGAUCACGGCCGAGGCCGACAAGACCAUCAAGGUGUACAAAGAGGACGACACCGCGACCGAGGAAAGCCACCCAAUCAACUGGAAACCGGAGAUCCUCAAGAGGAAAAGAUUCUAGAUUUGCAA